GCCCUCUUUUGCUGUAGCAAGGCUACAAGCAGUUUCAACGUUGGGUCUAUCUACAGUUCCUUCCAACUAUGUAUCUUAUAGUUUGAAGGCAGUACAGGAUAGGGAAACUGGGGACCAACAAACACCACCUCCCCCACUAGCCAAUCGUCGGAUCCAUCCCAGAGAUCCUCCGCCUGAGCCACCACCACCGCCAAUCUCUAUGUCGCCACCACUCCCACCACUAUCUCCGCUGCCACCACCACCUCCAUCAGCUUAA